AUGGUCACACUCAAUUCCCCCUUGCGAAUUGGUCUUCUUGACCUAAAGCACAGAGUUGUCAUGGCCCCGAUGACUCGCAACCGCGCCGAUGACCAUCAUGUCCCACUCGAUAUGGUUCGCGAAUACUAUGCACAGCGCGCCUCCACACCUGGCACCCUUUUGAUCAGCGAAGGCACAUUCAUAUCUGAACGAGCCGGUGGGAUGGAGAACGUUCCUGGCAUUUGGAACAAUGAUCAGAUCACCCAAUGGAAGACCGUCACCGAUGCCGUUCACGCGAAAGGCAGCUACAUAUAUUGUCAGCUCUGGGCACUGGGCAGAGCCGCACGCAUCCCAGUUAUAACUCAGGAGGGUCAUGAGGUGAUUUCAAGCUCGGAUGUCCCCAUGAGCGAUUCGAUUGCUAUCCCUCGGCCAUUGACCGAAGAGGAGAUCUUGGGAUGGAUCGAGGAUUACGCUCGUGCUGCUCAGAAUGCCAUCGCGGCCGGAUUUGAUGGAGUCGAGAUUCAUGGGGCAAAUGGAUAUCUCUGCGACCAAUUUCUGCAGGAUACCUGCAACAAACGGACCGAUAGAUGGGGCGGAAGCAUCGAGAACCGCUCUCGAUUCGGCUUCGAGGUUGCAAAGGCUGUUGCCGCAGCUGUUGGGCCCGAACGCACAGGUUAUCGCAUCAGCCCAUGGAGCCACUUCCAAGAUAUGCGCAUGGAUGACCUUGAGCCCCAAUUCGAGCAUCUGGCACAUCAACUAAACCAACUAGGCCUUGCCUAUUUGCAUGUUGUUGAGCCUAGGAUCUCAGGAGGAAGGACAGUAGUGGCCGCCGACGAGGAUAGUACGUUCUUGUUUGAGGCAUUCAAGAACGGUGCGAUUAUCCUUGCCGGCGGGUUCACCGCCAAGUCUGCCGAAACGGUUCUCCUUAAGCACCCCGAUGCCAAUGUUGCCAUUGGGUUUGGCAGGCAAUUCCUAGCCAACCCAGAUUUGCCAUUCCGCAUCGCAAAGGGCCUCAAUUUCAACGCAUACGACCGUGGGUCCUUUUAUACACCAAAGUCCCCAGUGGGAUUUACAGACUAUCCAUUCAGCUCUGAAUACUUGGCAUGUAACUAG